AUGGUGGAAUCACAGGGAUUUCAUCACAUGUUCGAGAAACUUAGUUAUACUGUGGUUAAUUUUAGUAAUAGCUAUUUGACUGAUCAGCCAGAUUUAUACUAUGAAACAUAUACGCUUGAUUUAAGCCAGAAUCGUUUAACCGCAUGGCAUGUUCUGUCUUUAAUUAAAGUUUUACAUCUUCAGCAUAAUUUGAUAGUUUCGAUCAAUUACACCAUUGACCUUGGCAUAUCCGAGGCCCGGCUUCAUUAUCUAGAUUUAUCGUAUAAUAAAAUUAAAGGUAUAGGCAAAAAUGAUUUAGCUGUCUUAAACAACCUCAUGUACCUUAAACUUAAACACAAUGUUAUAAGUUAUAUUCACCCAAGAGCAUUUUUAAAAUUAUCUGAGCUGAUUUAUUUAGAUUUAUCAAGUAAUCAACUCAGUGACUUGGAACGAAGCCAUUUUAUUAAUCUCUUAAAUCUUCGCUAUCUUUAUCUCCAAGACAAUAACCUGAGGGUAAUGGAAGGAAUGUUUGAUGGUCUCAUGAAUAUUCAGUAUCUGCGGGUUGAUUCUUACACCCUCUGUUGUGCACAACCAAAGGCUGUCAGUAAAAUUCAGUGUUUAGCACCAGUCAACGAAAUUUCUUCCUGCAAUGAUUUAAUAGACAUACCUCUUCUCAGUAUAGCAAUCUGGUAUAUGGCACUUUUAGCUGUCUUUGGAAAUUUAUUCGGUUCAUGUCAUAAACUGCUUUUGCUGAACAAGAAUUCAAGUCCAAGUAAACCAUUUGAUAUUUUUUCUAUCAAUCUUGGUUUCGCAGACUUUCUAAUGGGUGUAUAUCUUUACAUCAUAGCAGGGGCAAAUUUAAAAUUCACCGAUCGCUAUGGUUUUGAAGAUUUCUCGUGGAGAAAUAGUCCUUUAUGUACUUUUGCCGGUGUCCUAGCUACUCUAUCUAGUGAAGCAUCUGCUCUUUUUGUACUUUUUAUCACCAUUGACAGAAUUUUGGCCCUUCGAUUUCCAUAUGUAUUGCUGAAUAAGAAAAUCAAGAUUGCAAAGACCGUUUCCAUGUUAGUGUGGAUGGUUUCUUUCUUCUUGUCAUUACUGCCCUUAUUUGGGAUUGAGUACUUUAAGGAUUAUUACUCCGGUUCUGGAGUGUGUAUUUCCUUACCUCUGUCAGUUCUCCGGAAACCUGGAUGGGAAUAUUCUAUGGUACUCUUUGUGGGGGCAAACUUUGUCAUCUUUGUAAUUGUUCUCCUUGGGCAAAUACUCAUAUUUAUGGAUGUUGUUCGAUUUGAAAAGAAAGCAUGCCAACAAUGGUUUUCCCCAAAACGAACAGAAAUACACAUAGCAAAAUCCUUGAUGGCUGUUGCCCUUACAGAUGUGCUGUGUUGGGUUACCAUUGGAACUAUAGGGUUUCUGACAUUUAAGGGAAUUGACGUCACCACCAAGAUGUACGCCUGGGUCAUUGUCAUGGUUCUUCCUAUCAACUCGGCAGUGAACCCCUUCAUCUACCUGUUGUCUGUGAUUAUGAACCGUAGUGAUGAACAGGUAUAUAGUUCUAUAACUGAUGAACAAGUACAUUUGUCUAAACAUAGUCAUUAUUCUUCCUAUAAAAUUGACAUUGAACCCCCUAAUCUACCCGUUGUCUGUGAUAAUGAGACUUGA